AUGGAGUGUAACAAGGAUGAAGCUAGAAGAGCAAUAUUUAUUGCUGAGAGGAAAAUCUCAGAGAAUGAUUACGUAGGAGCAAAGAGAUUUGUUAACAAGGCUAAGAAUCUGUAUCCAGAGCUUGAUGGUUUGACACAGAUUUCCAUGAUGAUCAACGUUUAUAUCUCUGCGUCAAACAAAAUCAAUGUAGAAGUUGAUUGGUAUGGAAUUUUCCGUGGAAAUCCUUUGGUUGAAGGAGAAGCUGAAUGGUACGGAAUUCUCGGUGUAGAUCCUUUGGCUGAUGAUGAAGCGAUGAAGAAACAGUACAAGAAGUUAGCUCUUUUGAUUCAUCCUGAUAAGAACAAGUUUCAAGGCGCAGGAGAGGCUUUUAAGCUGGUGUCACAAGCUUGGUGUCUGUUAUCUGACAAGGUUAAGAGAAGAGCUUAUGAUCAAAGAAGAGCUUAUGAUCAAAAGAUUAAGUUAAAAGCCCGGACGAAGCAGAAAAAACACAAGCCAGCUUCUUCUAACCGGAAUCCAAAUGCUAGAGACGGUUUGCAUUCGAGUGCUAAUGCUGGAAGUAACCAGCCUGCUGGUACGCGGCGGAAACCACUAAAACCUCGCUUGGUGGUAGAUUUUGACUAUUAUUACUUUUAA